CUUCAAUGAGCAGAGAGGUGACCGGCUCUGGCCUGGACACGACACCCCGUCUCCGCACCCCUGCGCCCCCUCCCCGAUGAGCUACCACAGCACCCUGUUCCGGCGCUCGCUGCUGCCCCAGGGGCCCCCGCCCCCGGUGCUCCCUCAGUUGCGGGCAGGCUUGGCCCUGGCCAGCCUGGGGGGGAUCGCCCAAAUCACCCCGUCCCUCUUCCUGAGCAGCGGGAACGUGGCAGCCAACCGACACACCGUCUACACCCGGGGCAUCACGUGCAUCGUCAACGCCACGCUGGAGCUGAGCAACCCUCACUGGCCCGACAUUGAGUACCUGAAGGUUCCCCUGCCCGACCUGCCGCACGCCCCGCUCUCCCUCUACUUCGACACGGUGGCCGACAAGAUCCAGCACGUCUCCCGCAGGAACGGCCGCACGCUGGUGCACUGCGUGGCCGGCGUCAGCCGCUCAUCUACACUGUGCAUCGCCUACCUGAUGAAGCACCACAAGCAGAGCCUCCUGGACGCCCACAACUGGGUCAAGGCCCGCCGGCCCGUCAUCCGGCCGAACUACGGCUUCUGGCAGCAGCUCAUCGACUACGAGAAGCGGCUCUUCGGCAAGAACACAGUCCGCAUGGUGCCCACGCCUCUGGGCAUGGUGCCCAGCAUCUACGAGAAGGAGACGCGGGGGCUGACCCCUUACUGGUCCUUUAGAUAA